CGCGGGCCGCCUCCGCCGCGCUAUAAAGCGCGGUAGCGGGGGCUCGGCGCAGCGGGCGGGCAGCCGGAGUGAGGGGUUCGCGCUGCCGCCAUGGGGAACACUGUGGCUAGAGAGGAUUUCGAGUGGGUCUACACGGACCAGCCGCACGCCGACCGCCGCAAGGCGAUCCUGGCUAAACAUCCAGAGAUAAAAGCAUUGAUGAAGCCAGACCACAACCUGAUCUGGGUGGUCGUGCUGAUGGUUCUGGCGCAGCUGACUGCAUUCUAUCUGGUUAAAGACUUGGAUUGGAAAUGGGUGGUCUUCUGGGCUUACGUUUUUGGAAGCUGUAUUAGUCACUCCAUGACCCUGGCUAUUCAUGAGAUCUCCCACAACAGUGCCUUUGGCAACAGCAAAGCCAUGUGGAAUCGAUGGUUUGGAAUAUUUGCCAACCUCCCUCUUGGUCUCCCCUACUCCAUAUCCUUCAAGAGAUACCACAUGGAUCACCAUCGUUACCUGGGCGGCGACGGCAUCGAUGUGGAUAUUCCUACCAACUUCGAGGGCUGGUUCUUCUGCACCCGCUUUAGGAAGUUCAUAUGGAUUGUUCUUCAGCCUUUUUUCUAUGCCAUUAGACCUCUCUGCAUCAAUCCUAAACCCAUUAGUCGACUUGAAAUAAUCAAUUUAUUGGCUCAGCUGGCCUUUGAUGUGGCAAUAUAUUAUUUAUGGGGAGUCAAAUCCAUUUUUUACAUGCUUGCUGGUUCAGUACUUGGUCUUGGGUUGCACCCAAUUUCAGGACACUUCAUAGCUGAACAUUACAUGUUUUUAAAAGGGCAUGAGACCUAUUCCUACUAUGGGCCACUUAAUUUGCUCACUUUUAAUGUUGGCUAUCACAAUGAACAUCAUGACUUCCCCAAUAUUCCUGGCAAGAGCCUUCCACUGGUGAAGAAAAUAGCAGCUGAAUACUAUGACAACCUGCCCCAGUAUAACUCUUGGAUAAAAGUACUGUAUGACUUCGUGAUGGAUGACACAAUCAGCCCAUACUCACGCAUGAAAAGGCAAUUAAAGGGUGAAGUGAAGCAAGAUUAAACUUCUGGCAACCAAAAAACUUUGAAAUGUCUGCUUGCUUUAAAGUGGCUGGUAUAAAGGUUUCCUGCUAAAGCUGUUCACCUGUGUCCUGAAUUAAGAUGUACAGCAACAUAGCAAUGCAUCCUUCAAGGAUUUUGUAGCAGACUCCAACCAGCUAUAACAUUCCUCAGUCCUCAGAUUUGUUGGUUUAAUGUGUCUCUGUUUGCCUAAGGAUCAGUGUUAUAUGCAUAAUGCAAAAUCACUUUGUUACAGAAUUUACUUUGCUAGGUGUUAAAUCCAUAUAAAAUGUCUGUCUGACUCAUAACAGUUUAAAAGUUCUCAAUGUAUUAUACUGCCCUCAACAUGCUAUUUAGAUAACUAGUUUUAAAAUGCUGUACUUACCUGUUAAUUCUAAACUAACAUGGUUUGUUAACGUAAACAUUCUGUUGAAAAUGUUUCUGAACUGAUGGUUGGAAGAACUAAAUUUGCACAGAAAUGUUCAGUCUGCUUUUGUUUAAAUAUGCCAUUUGAAGCCAUGCUUUAAAGUUCUACCUUUUCUACUGAGAGUACCUUAAAGGAGCAAUCUGUCGGAAUGAAACUGGUAUCUUUGAGAUGGCUCCUGUGACUUCUUUGGGAAAAGGAUAAAAAAGAGGAAUUCAGGAAUAUUGCCAACUCCAUGGGUCCCACCUACUGCCUGAACUGCUUCUGUUGGCAUGUGGAGGGAGCAGGUGGCAUUUAGGUAAUUUAAUAUACCUGAUGUGGGGUUUGAUGUUGGAAAAAUCUUUUUGGAGAGUUUGGGGGUUUUCUGAUCUUUGACAAAAAAUUAUUACCAUGUUACUAUGGCUUCAAAUAUAAAUAUUUAUACUUACUUGGAAA